AGUGGUUGGAGGAUAUAAUACAAAGUUACACUAGAUGUUAUUUUGGGCAGUUUAGUAAUGUAUGGACCACAAAAGGGUUAUUGGAAAUAAGGUUGAUCACAAAAAUAUAGGAAGCUGUCCCAAUGUGAUAAUGCCUUCUAUCUAUUUCUGACAUUUCUCUUAUCUCUUUUGUUUCUUCUCCCAAAAAAAAAAAAGAAAAAAAAAAGGGCCAAUAUCUUCUUCAUUCUAGAAAAAAGAAACUGCAUUUACUUCCUAUGGAAUGUUAAGGAAACAUUUAAUCAUAUUUUCUGCUUUUCACAGGUUCUUUCAAUCCCCUCCUUUACGGCAUUUUGAGAGUUGAAAGAAAUGUACUCUGGUGGUUAUACUGCAGAGGUCACUUGCUUAUCUCCCAAUGCAACUGAGAAGGAUAUUUAUGAUUUUUUCACUCAUUGUGGUGCUGUUGAGAACGUUGAAAUCAUCAGGUCUGGUGAAUAUGCCUGUACUGCAUAUGUGACAUUCAGAGAUGCUUAUGCUUUUGAAACCGCUGUGUUGCUCACCGGAGCUACAAUUGUCGACCAACACGUCCACAUAUCACCCUGGGGCUCAUAUAUGGCUGAAUAUGACCCUUGGAGCAGCUCUUCUUGGAAUCCUGAUGACAAUUUUAGCUCAACGCAGGUUUACCAUACAGAUCAAUUUGUCUCUUCCCCUGGUGAGGCAGUGACAGUAGUCAAAACUAUGCUAGCCAAAGGUUAUGUUUUAGGCAAAGACGCGUUAAUCAAGGCUAAGGCUUUGGACGAGUCACACCGAGUUUCAGCCACCGCAGCAGCCAAGUUUACAGAGCUUAGCGACAGGCUUGGCCUCACGGACACAAUCUAUUCAAGCAUGGAAACUGUUAAAUCUGUGGACGAGAGAUUCCAUGUCUCAGAUAUCACCAGGUCAGCUGCUUUUGUUACCGGGACAGCCGCUGUGACAGCAGCAUCCGUCACGGGAAGAGCUGCCAUGGCAGCUGGUAGUGCUGUGGCCAACAGCAGCUACUUUGCCAAGGGAGCACUUUGGGUUUCGGACAUGCUAAAUCGCGCAGCCAAGGCUGCGUCUGAACUCGGUGGUCAUGAUGGUAAAUAAGUUGCGAUAUGAAACCAUGUUGUGUAAUCUUUUGUCCCAUUUUCACAAUUGUACAAAUAAAUCGUCUUUUGUUUGUGCAGUACAGACAAGCUUAGUCUCUUAUAAACACAUAAUUUGCUGCGGUUUUGGAACAUACCCUUCUAUAGCCUCUUUCGAUGGACUCUGUCAAUACAUAAUAAAACACAUUUGUUUUUGGUUUU